UGCAGUGUGCACCUAGCCACUUCCUGUAACGACGACGGCGACUAACGGGGGGUGGUGGUAAGUGUUUGUUUUCGCCGGUUAGUAUUGCAGUGCAUCCGUAGCUAGAGCCGACCAUGAGCGACAAAGACGAGAGGAAGUACAGCGGGAGGGAGUCCCGUUCUGCUUCUAGAAGCAGAAGUGAGCAUGGGUCUGAAAAGUCAGCAAGUCGAUCUCCAGCAAGGUCUCCUGCCAGAUCUUAUUCUAGAGGCUCUAGAAGGUCCAGGACCAGGUCUCGGUCUCGAUCCAGAUCGGAGUCCCGAUCUAGAUCUCAUCGAAGUUCCAGAAGGCGGUAUUCUAGAUCUCGCUCUCGUUCUCACAGGAGAAGGUCACGUAGCCGGUCCUACACCCCAGAUUACUAUCGGAAACGCAGCAGCCACAGUCAUUCUCCUAUGUCUUCCCGCAGACGUCACAUUGGCAACAGGAGGUUAACUAGUGCCAGUGUCUCUGUUAAACAGGCAAAUCCUGACCCCAACUGUUGUCUGGGCGUAUUUGGAUUGAGUCUCUACACUACAGAAAGAGACCUACGAGAAGUAUUUUCAAAGUAUGGUCCACUUGCAGAUGUUUGUAUUGUGUAUGACCAACAAUCACGACGCUCCAGAGGAUUUGCAUUUGUUUACUUUGAGAAUGUGGACGAUGCCAAAGAGGCAAAGGAGCGUGCCAAUGGAAUGGAACUGGAUGGGCGCAGGAUUCGUGUUGAUUUUUCUAUUACUAAAAGGCCUCAUACACCAACACCUGGGAUCUAUAUGGGGAGACCAACCUACAGUGGCAGCUCAAGACGUCGGGAAUAUUAUGAAAGAGGAGGCUAUGAGAGAUACGAUGAGAGAGAGUAUUACAGCAGUAGGUCAUACAGACGGUCACCUUCACCAUAUUACAGCAGAGGAUACAGGUCUCGCUCCAGAUCACGUUCAUAUUCACCUCGUCGUUAUUGAAGACAAGAAUCUAACGUGGGUUAUUAAGGCGGCAGUUAGACAUCGAGUUUGUGGAAACAGAAUUUUUUUUUAUUCAUUUGCAAAUAGGUGACUAUAUGCCUAGUAAAAUGGAAUAAUUGUAUAUUUUAUGACUACUAUGUUUUGUCUAAGUUUAAUGCGGUUUGUAUACUGUGUUGCAUAGCUUAAUGUUUAAUAUCAUACUUAUUUGAGUAUGUCUUGUGUGCAUUUUUUUUACAUUUUUGUGAAUGCUUGGGGUUUCUAUGCAUAGUAGAAAUGCAGUCUUGUAUAAAUAUGUAUGACUGUUUCAAUACCAUCGUAACUUGUUAGCUUUUUAAGUAGGAAAAAGAUCAGAAAAAAGUUGACAAUAAACAUUGUUUUGUUUA